UUUCAAGAGAAGAAAAACUUUUUGUCUUUGCACGGGUUUCAUCGAAUGGAAUUAUCACGACCCAAUACUGCAGUUGUAUAUUCCUGACUUGGACGGACUCUGGAAGGAUACUAUAGGCUUUUCGUCGCAAUAUCCACUUAUUUAAAUAUUACCAGUAUCUGAAAUAUUUCCUCUAUCUGUAUUUGGAGAUUUCAGACAUCAUUUUCCACAGCAUUUGUCCAAAAAAGAACAAAAAACAAACAAAACAAAACAAAAAAAAAAAAAAACACCUAGGCUACCGAGUGUAUUGACUACAGUAUACCCCCUUAGUGUCCAGCAGCAACAUGUCGCAAAGCUGUCUGCAAUUCAGCGGUUUUACUGUGAGCUGUAUAGGCUGGGUCGGAAUAAUUAUCGCGACUGCCACCAACGACUGGGUUGUGACCUGUAAAUAUGGCAUGCACACCUGCAAGAAGAUGGACGAAUUGGGCGCCAAAGGUUUAUGGGCCGAUUGUGUCAUUUCUACGGACCUAUAUCACUGCAUUGCUUUAAAUCAGAUCCUCACCUUACCUGCGUACAUCCAGACAUCUCGCGCACUGAUGAUCACGGCUUCCAUUCUCGGGCUGCCCGCCAUGGUGCUCGUGCUGAUGGCCAUGCCCUGCAUUAACCUGGGAAAUGAACACGAGAGCGCCAAGCACAGGCGUUCGGUUCUGGGAGGGGUAUUGAUUCUCCUAAUGGCUCUAUGUGGGAUUGUGUCGACCGUGUGGUUCCCCAUUGGUGCGCACCAUGAGCAAGGCCUUAUGUCCUUUGGCUUCUCCCUGUACGCUGGCUGGGUAGGCUCCGCCUUCUGUCUGCUGGGGGGCUCGGUGAUCAGCUGUUGCUCCAGUGACCGCCCUGUCCAGUAUGCAGAGAACCGCUUCUACUACUCCAAGCAGGGUGGAGCCAACUUUGCCCCCACCUCCUCCUCCUCUGCCAACCACGCCAAGAGUGCACACGUCUGAGCUGGAUGGGCGGGGUGGGUUGAGUCAACCUAAACACCUCCCAUUCAAAGGGAAAAUGAACUUCAUGGGUCAGGAGCCUGUGGAAUUAUGGAGAACCAUUGUACAUAUGAAUGGUAUGUACAGCGAACUGAAAUGCAGAGACUAUAUCCCCCCACCUCCACACUUUUCUGGAAGAUCUGUUUAACUAUGUCAGACUUCUGGUAAAAGGUGUUUGAUUUGACAUUCACCCCCAACAGACUUUAUGUGAUCACUCACACCGGCAUCUUGGUCCGCCCAUUGAACUGGUAUCUACAUGGCAUUGGGGGGUGCACAUUUUAAAGGGAACUUAUCAAAAACUUCAGUUUUCUCCUGACUGUUGCAUUUUGAUACAAAUGUAUAUUUUUGUCAUAAAUGUUAACUUUCCAUUGGAAAUAUUUGUUUUUUUAUGAAUGUAUAAUUGUAUGUUUAAACCAGUUAUUGUGAAUGCAAAUGAUAAAAUAUGUACAGUUUGAAUAGCUGCAGUUUAAGUGAUUUAAGUGACAUUUGGGAACUUCCCACCAUGGAGGACUUUGCUUGUAUUUGUGUCUCUGUGUGGAAAAUUACCAUAAUCAGCACUGUCUGACCCAUGACUGACACAUAGCUCUAGUGGGUGUGGUGCCAGUGCUUCGUACAGGAGACAGUCUAUUGGAGCGACUCACUUACAAAAGACUUUUCCUCUUCAACUUUUUUUUUUCUGAAUUUUACAUCCAAGAAGGGCGGUUAUUUAUUGCAAUAUGUCUAGCCCAGUUACGCUCAGUAUGUUGUUUCUUUUAUUAAAGAUAUGUUUCU